AGAAGAAGCUCUAGGAAUCGUCAAGAGUUCUUUAGAAAUUUCUUUUUGGCUGGAAUUGGUCUACGAGAAUUGGUGAGUGCUUCGUUCCUUUCGAAAAUUUGCGUUUGAUUAUAUAAUACCCAAGUGUUCUUUCUCAUCUGGAAUUAGGAGGAAUCAAGGUGAAUUUUUUGAAGCCUGAGGUUAGGUUUGAUCUUUAAACUCCUGUGUAAAGAUCAAAUUGUUUUCAGCCGAGAUGGAAUCAACCUCUGGUGUUGUGCUGCAUCCAUUGGCGGCGGGAUCGUUCAGAUAUUUUCCAGGGACAUCCUCUGGGAAGGAGGGCAUGAAAGAAGAGGUUGUGCGACUAGGAGUUGAGCUCUCACUAUCUAUUGCUGAAUCCAUGUUCUUGCUGUCUGAUGACAUUCAUACUUUAUUAUGGUUCUGCUAUAAGUUAUGGAAAGUUGUGAUACCGUACCGGAAUCCCGUGUUAGAAAGGCUUCUUCGUGUUAUUCACUAUAUCUACUCAAAAGAUAUCAAACCGAGGAAUGGAGUGUACCGUGAUGGUGGCAAAUCGCUUCAAUGGGAAUUGAUCAGAAACUCAUGGAAGUAUUUUUCUGACGGUAUCAUUGUUUUGCAUCGCCUGGAUAUGCUUCUCAGGACAAAAGAUUGCUCCCUUAGUGACCGACUUUUAUUUUCGGCCUUUGAAAAGUACAAGCAACAAGUGCUAUACAAGUUAGAGGAUACAUUGAGGUCCGCAAAGGAUGUCUCUGUGGCGCAUGGGUUUGCCAGGGAGACGUUACAGUCUAACAUUUUUGACUUGUGGAAGUCUCUCUUUCAUGAAGAAGCAAUACCCAAAGUGGUAAGGCUUAGGAUUCUUAGCGACCUGUUUACACCUAUUUUGGGCAAACCAGUGCACAGCGAGAUACAGGCACUCCCCGUAUGUUCUCCUCCUUACAUUUUAGGGAAGGAUUUUGCAAUGCAAGAACUGACAGAGGAGGUUGUGCGACUAGGAGUUGAGCUCUCACUAUUUAUCGCUGAAUCGAUGUUCUUGCUGUGUGAUGACAUUCGUACUUUAUUAUGGUUCUGCUAUAAGUUAUGGAGAGGUGUAAUACCGUAUCAAAAUCCCGUGUUAGAAAGGCUUCUUCGUGUUAUUCAUUAUAUCUACACAAAAGAUAUCAAACCGAGGAAUGGAGUGUAUCGUGAUGGUGGCAAAUCGCUUCAAUGGGAAUUGAUCAGAAACACAUGGAAGUAUUUUUCUGACGGAAUCAUAGUUUUACAUCGCCUGGAUAUGGUUCUCAGAAGAAUAGAUAGCUCCUUUGAUGACAGACUAUUAUCACCCGCUAUUAAAAAAUACAAGCAAGAAGUGCUGAAGAAGCUAGAGGAAAAAUUGAGGUCCGCAGAGGAUGUUUCAGAGGCGCAUGGGUUUGCGAGGGAGACGAUAGAGUCUAUCAUUUUUGACUUGUGGAAAUCUCUAUUUGAUGAAGAAGGUGUACCCAGAGUGGUAAGGACUAGGAUUCUUAGCGACCUGUUUACACCUAUUUUGGGAAAACCAGUGCACAGCGAGAUACAGGCACUCCCCGUAUGUUCUCCUUACAUUCUAGGGAAAGAUUUUGCAAUGCAUGAACUGAAAGAGGAGGUUGUGCGACUAGGAGUUGAGCUCUCACUAUCUAUUGCUGAAUCCAUGUUCUUGCUGUCUGAUGACAUUCAUACUUUAUUAUGGUUCUGCUAUAAGUUAUGGAAAGGUGUAAUACCGUACCGGAAUCCCGUGUUAGAAAGGCUUCUUCGUGUUAUUCACUAUAUCUACUCAGAAGAUAUCAAACCGAGGAACGGAGUGUAUCGUGAUGGUGGCAAAUCGCUUCAAUGGGAAUUGAUCAGAAACUCAUGGAAGGAUUUUUCUGACGGGAUCAUUGUUUUGCAUCGCCUGGAUAUGGUUCUCAGAAAAAAAGAUAGCUCCUUUGAUGACACACUAUUAUCAUCGGCUAUUAGAAAAUACAAGCAAGAAGUGCUGAAGAAGCUAGAGGAUAGUUUAAGGUCCGCUGAGGAUGUUUCAGAGGCGCAUGGGUUUGCCAGGGAGACGUUAGAGUCUAACAUUUUUGACUUGUGGAAAUCUCUAUUUGAUGAAGAACUAACACCCAAAGUGGUCAGGACUAGGAUUCUUAGCGACCUGUUUACACCUAUUUUGGGCAAACCAGUGCAUAGCGAGAUACAGGCACUCCCCGUAUGUUCUCCUUACAUUCUAGGGAAGGGUUUUGCAAUGCAGGAACUGAAAGAGGAGGUUGUGCGACUAGGAGUUGAGCUAUCACUAUUUGUAGCUGAAUCGAUGUUUUUGCUGUGUGAUAACAUUCGUAUGAUGUUACGGUUCUGCUAUAGACUAUGGAGGGAUGCAAAAAGGGACUUGAUUGGUGAUAGUCCCGUGGUGGAAAGGCUGCUCGGUGUUAUUCAUUUUGUCUACACAAAAGAUAUCAAACCGAAGAAUGGAGUUUAUCAGAAUGGUGGCAACAAUUCGGCCCAUUGGGGAUUGAUCAGUAGGACGAGUGAGAGUUUUGUCGCUGGAUUUAGAGAUCUGGAUCGCCUUGUCUUGUCUCUCAGAGCAGGAGAAAUAUGUGGCCGAGAGUUUAUGUCUAGUAUUGAAAAAGAGGUGAAGAAGGUAGGGGAGAAGUUGUUGUUUGUGAAGGCUGUUUCUGAGGCGAAUGGGUUUGCGAGGGAUGUGAUGGAGUCAAACUUUUUGGACUUAUGGAAAUCUCUCUUUGACAAAGAAGCCAAGGAAGCAACACUGACUCUGAAAGCGAUAAAGAAUGGGAUCCUUCGUGACUUGUUUCUCCCUCUAUAUAAUGAAGCACCAUAGCGACUAGUUUUAUUUGGUAUUUUUGGCUUUUAGAUUUCCCAUUUUGCAGAGAACUCAGAACAAUCUCAUCUAACUUAAGUUACGUAUGCACACAUUUUUACUCAUUUAGUAAAUGUAUAUCUUUCAUUUUUACUUAUUUCAUCUUAAUUUCACUUUUUCA